AUGACGGCGGUGGGAGAACUGGUGCUGGUGCUGGGAUUACUGGUGAGCGCUCACUGCGAGGUAAGAGCACGAGACCCAGAGGUGGAGGAGGAGGAAGAGGAGCUGGGAGGAAGAGGAGGAGGAGGAGGAGGGGGAGGAGGAGUGUUCCCCCUUUACCCUGGGGCGACCAAAGCCACCCCGCUGGGAGAGACGGGCAACUAUCCAGCCCGAAGUGGGAACUGGUGUGCGUUCGUGCAUAAACGUGUGGCGACGAUGGCGGUGAUGUGUGGAACAGAAAAAUACACCAUCAAGUCUCAGAGUCCGUGUCCGAGCGGGAUGGCCGACUGUCACCUGACCAUGUACAAGUUGUCCACACGGCCCAUGUACAAACAGCAGCAGAAGAUCUUCACCACCCUGCUGUGGCGCUGCUGUCCGGGACACGGAGGACACAACUGUGAGGACACAGUCUCAGGUCCUCAGGUGGACUCUGAAAGCUCGCCUCUGAUUGGACAAUCUGAAGCAGAGACGGCAGCAGUCAAAGCUCCAGUUGUUCAUACUCGGUUCCAGCAGCAGGGCGGUGACCUGAACCGCGAACAGAACGACCACCAGGUGCCCGUCAGCGCGCCAUAUAAUACCAGCUACCAGACCAACCAGCACAACCCCACAGACCCCACCCCGAGUCCAGGCCACACCCACAACCAUCAUACAUCACACCAAGAGAUGAACACGCACAACCACCACCAACACCCCCACCGCCUCGAGCAUGACCCCCGCCAGCACGACCCCCGGCAGCACGAGCACCGGACACCCGAUGACCUGGGAGCCGCCCCCCUUCCAUACCCCGAUGCCCUCAUUCCCCUCCUUGUACCCUACAUGAUGGACCAGGUCUGGUCCCAGCUGCAGCCGGUCAUGGAGGGCUUCAACCGCUCACUGGAACACCUGAGCAGGCAGGUAGGAGACCUGGCUCACGAUGUAGCCCAGCUGAAGAGCAGCCAGCUGGGGGCGGGGCAUCAGGUAACGUCUCUGAAGGAGACUGAGCAUGAUGUAGAGGCAGAAGAUGCCAGACUAGAUGAAGUCUCUCGGAGCAUCGGGGAGGUCCGGAGGCAGAUGGAGGCGCAGCAGACCGAGAUGGAGAAGAAGCUGCACUUGCACAACAUGAUGCUCACCAGCUUCAAGACUGACAUGGACAUGAAGCUGAAACGGCAGCAGAAGAUGCUGCAGGUCAGCCUGCAGGCCAUGAACGCCACACUGAUGGAGCUGAAGUUGGACCAGUGGCAGAUCCCUGAGGAUGAGCUGGAGCAGGAUGACCUGCAUCCACCCACCCUGCCUCCGCACCAGCUGCUGCAGGCCCCCACGGACACCUCAGCGCUGUGGGAGGCCAUCAAACGGUUGGACAACACGGUCGUCAACAACACAGUGAAGGUGACCGCGCUGAUGGAGGACGUGGAGGUGUCAUCGGGCAGCGUCCAGCAGCUGAGUCAGCACAUUAAGGAGCUGGAAAAGCUCAUCAACCAGACGGCGCGGCGCAGCCAGGUGCUGUUCAUGGAGACGGGGCUGGAGGUGGAGGGAGCCAAGGUGGUGGUGCUGAAUCAGGUGAACGAGCUGGCGAGGAACCUGAGUCAGCAGGUUCAACAACUGCAAGCGGUGGAGGACGACUUCGACUACCUGUGGAAGAACAUGUCGUGCGUAGACUGCGACUACAAGGGCCUGAAGGCUGCCAUGGCUCACCUGGAGAAGCAGGUCGCCAAUGCGAUGGAGCAGGCCAACGAGAACCGAUUAGCUUUGGAGGAGAACAGCCGGGGAGGCUACUGGGGCAUGACCAGCGACUGGGAGCCGGCGGUGAAGGCGCUCCAACUUGGCCUCCAGAGGGAGCAGAACAGUAUCAGGUCUCUGGACCUCAGCCUGACCCAGCUGAAAGCCUCGGUCUCCAGCCUCAAUGACACGGACAGACAGCAGGACGGGGACAUAAAGGUGCUGGCCGCCUCCUUCGACACCCUUCUCCAAGAUGCUAACCGACACAGCAGAGUGCUGACGCUGCUGCUCGGUGAAGAGGUGCUUGACUUCCUGAAGACAACCAACCAGGGGGAGGAGGACGAGGAGGAGGAGGAGGAGGAAGAGGUCGACCUCAUCUCCGUUCCGGUUCUGAAGGACCAGCUGCAGUUCCUGCAGGAGCAGCUGAGACAACAGAAGCAGAGCAUCAUGAUGUUGCAGCAUGGCAGCACAGGAGGCAGGGAGGAGGUGCCGGCUGCAGACCAGCCCUCCUCCUGGCUGCCUGAUGACACAAGGAGGCACGCCAGGGAGCAGCAAAUGCUCUUCCACCCCGGAGAUGGCGGAGACCUGUGGAACCUGGAGAGAACGGUGGAGGAGAUGGAGCGCAGGCUGGCCCAGCUGGAGGAGGAACCCUGCCCCUGCCCCAACAUCUCAACCACGGACACCAAAGUGCAGGAGGAGGUGAUGUGGCUGAAGAGAGGGCUGGAGCAACACCUGACGGUGUUCAAGAACGUCUUCAGGAACGCUGACGUGCUGAUGAGGUCAGAUGCUACACUAGAGCUGGAUAAACUGUGGCAGCUGCUGAAGACCAAAGAGAAGAAGAGAGGACAGAGAGAGGAGUCAGGGAGAGGAGGAAAGCCUCGCAGCAGGAGGGAAUCACCAGGUGAGCCCAUUCCAUCCAGCCUAUCAGAACGCUCGCUGCUCUUCGUGGCUCAGUCUCCUCGGAGCGUCUCCAGCGGCAUUGCCUUUGAACCUUCACUGAGUCAGGGUCAGUUUUACUCCAACGAUGGCACCUUCACGGCUCCGGUGGAUGGGAUGUACCUGUUUGUCCUCACCCUCCACCUGAGGCCGGGGCCUGCCCAUGUGGUCCUGAGGAGGAGGAAGGGGGAGGAGGAGGGUGGUGCGUCAGUAUCUCUGCAGAGGCAGGAAGUGAGCGAGGAGGGGCCAGUCACCGCUGUCAGCCUCCUGCGGCUGAGGGAUGGGGAGCAGCUGAGGCUGGAACUGAGGGGAGGAGAGUGGGCGGAGUCAGAGGACAACCUGUUUGCAGGUCUGCUGCUCCACCCAACCACCUGAGGGGGCCGUGGGCCUGUCAGCUGGAGGAACUGUUUAUAUCUGAGUUUUAGUUGCAGGAGACUGAACGCACCUUAGAGGAUCAGGAACGAUGAAGCGGUUUCUUCUUCUGUGGUUUCAGGGCUGGAAUCAUAAACCUGUCGGAUUUGUUCAAUUCUUCUUUAAAAUUCAUAUUUACAGCUGGUUUAUUUCAGUUUGGAAACAGCCUGAAAAUCGCAGUCAUCUCAAACCUACAGGACACACUGCCACUUCAUUAGGUACACAUGUUCAGCUGCUCUGUAUUGUGGCAGCAGCUCGGUGCAUUCAGACACGCUGAAGUUCAAACUGAGCCUCAGACUGAUGAUGAUUUAGAUGAGCGUGGUGUGGUUGUUGGUCUGAGUGUGUCAGAAACUGCUGAUCUGCUGGGAUUUUCCUCACAGCAUCUCUGAGGUUCACAGAGCAGGUCUGAGAGAGAGUGAAACUGCUGCUGAGGUCAGAGGUCAGAGGAGGAUGGACAGACUGCCUCCAGCUGAGAGGAAGAACCGCUCGUUAUAACCGAGGUCUGCAGAAGAGCAUCUCCGAAGCUUGGAUCACAGCAGCAAAGAAACAGGAAACUGAGGCUACAGUUCACACAGAGCACCAAAACUGGACAACAGAAGGUUGGAGGAACGUCGCCUGGUCUGAUGGUAGGCUCAGUUUGAAAGCAUGGAUCCUUUGGGCUCUUUAGCACCAGCUGAGCAUCAUUUAAACUCCACAGCCUACCUGCUGCUGACCAUGUCCAUCCCUUUAUGACCUCAGUGAACCAUCUUCUGAUGGCUGCGUCCAGCAGGAGAACACACCGUGAUACAAACUGCUGUCUUGCGGUCAGACGGCCUCCACAGUCACAGAUCUCAGUCCAUCAGAGCUCCUUGGGGAUGUGGAGCGGGAGAUCCCCAUCAGGGAUACGGCCGACACAUCUGCAGCAGCUGUGUGACGCUGUGAUGUCAGCAUGGACCCAAAUCUGUUUCUAGCAGCCAGCUGAAUGAAAGCAGCUCUGAAGGAAACGGGGCCCAACCCCAUAACAGCAGGGUGUACCUAAUGAAGUGGCAGUGUGUGUCAGGUCUGAUUUCGUGAACCCUCCAAACAUCGUUCAGUUUUCUGUCCAAAGUUCGGACGUUUUGCCUUUAAAGUCAGAACAUCAGAGCCCACGUUCAGAUGGAAACUAGCAAGUUAGCCUCCUGCUAACCUCCCAGAUCUUUUUCAUGGAUGUUAACCUUUAUCGAAACAUGUUGGAGCACAGCAGCACUCGGGUUCAUUGGAGCUCGAAGACUUUGGUUGGUUAAUGGCGUCAGUCUCUGUGGAGUUUGUCUGAUAUUCACGCUCGCUUUGCUCCCAUUUUUAUCGAUUUUCUUCUUACCUGAGCGUGGCGCUAACAGCCCUCUGUUGUUUGCUAGUAUUGUUUCCUUUUCCUCUCUCAGCUGGAUGCUACAUUGACUCAGCGUUAGAGGGAAGUACAGCCCAGCCCUGUUUCAGCAGCAGGUUUAGAAAUCUGAAAAACUUCACGCUUCAGUUUGAGUCCAGCUGUGAUGUCUGAAAACAAUAAUUCAAACUACUUUUUCUUGUUUCUUCUGAGAAUAAUCGACAUAUGUUUUCAAUCAGGUGAGGAGGCAAAGUCUGGACGGACUUCUUUUAGCUCGAAUGAAUCUCGUGCAUACCUGGUGGGCGGGGCUAAAGGUGGGCGCUGCAGGUGUGAAAUGGAGGUCGUUUCUGUGCGAAUUUAUUCAGACUGUAAACUCGAGCUGACAGGGAGGAUCCUGAACUUUGAGGAAUUAUUGAAACUUUUUUAAAGGGAAUUUUUACUUUUUCAUAUUUUACAUGAAGAAAAUAUUUGAAUGUAAA